AUGGAAAUCGACGACGCAGAAGAUGAUGAUAGAAAAAGGGCAUUGCUUCUACAUUACGUCGGAGAAAGAGUAUAUGAUAUAUAUCUGGCGGAGAAAACUCCUACCACAGGUACGUCUUAUGCUGAUACGAAAAAAGUGCUUGAAGAUGAUUUCCGUCCUAGAAAAGAUACGCAAAUGGAAAUCUACAAGUUUACGUCGUGUAAACAAAAAGAGGGACAAACUUUAGAUGAAUAUGUAGCUGAAUUACGUACGUUGGCAAGGGACUGUGAUUUCAAGGACUUAAACAAGGAAAUUCUGUCACAGUUAAUUCAGCAUUGUCGUUCAAAUCAACUCAGGCGGAGAGCACUGAGGGAACCGGGGAAGGGAUUAGAGGACAUAAUCAAGCUAGAAUUUGUGGAGGAGGAGAUUCCAUGGCCGUCUGUGUCAUCACAAGCGUCACCUGAAAGGAAAUCAUCUGAUGUGUCUAGAUCUAGUCAAGGUCAAAAGCCUAAUAUGUCACCACAGGCUGCGAAAGCUCGAACUGAUAAUGGUCAAGGUCAAGUUCGUGGUCAGAACAGAAGGAGCACAAGGGGGAAGAAACCCCACUCCAGAUUUAAAGUUUAUGUGUUGUAUUAA